AUGCUCUCACGUGUUGCUGCAGUGAAGGCACCCCGCACACACAACCGUCGCCGCGUGACCGGAUCCAGCGGAAGGAGGAGGAAAGGAAGAGAGAGUGAGCAGCAGAGGCCCAACAUGUCCCGGCAUCACUUCUAUUCAUCGGUGCUGCUUCUACUUGUCAUGAUGAUGUGCUGCAACACUGGUGGGGCUGCGACCGCUGUUGUGACGGCGGCAGGUUCGGGAAAUGCAAAGGAAACAUAUUUUGCUUGGAGAGAUAAGAGUGGUAAAGAAACAGUGAGUUCUCUCCGUGUUCCCAGCCUUGUUGAAAUGAAUGGUGAUGUGUUUGCCGUUGCCGAGGCGCAUUGCAAGGAGGGUACUGAAAAAGUUUUUACUGGGAUUGCCUCGAAGCUCCUGGCGUUGACUGGUGAACAAACAAGGAAGGAGUUGGCUACAACUGAAGUGAAGACACAAGUACUGGAGGAAUGUUCCUCCGAAAAAGAGAAAGUCACCUGUCGUAUAGCGGAUCGGGCUGAUUCCCAAAGCCAGACAAGAAUACAUGUGGGCCGACCAACAACAGUUGUGAAGGGAAGUGAUAUUUACAUGCUUGCUGGAAGUUACAGUUGGACACUUACCGCCGAUGAUCAGGCAGCCGAUGCGGGCGACUGGGGACUCAUGCUGGUGAAAGGGAACGUCAGUGAGGAGGCAGAAAGUAAAAAAAGGAUCCUUUGGAACGACACUUAUGCUAUCCCGUGGAAUUACAAAGGCAAACAACACGAAUCCUUGACAAAGCUGACUGGCAGCGGUGGAUCGGGUGUUAAGAUGAAUGACGGCACCCUUGUGUUCCCAGUGGAAGGCACGAAAAAGUUGAAUGGCACAGAAAAUGAUGGGAGGACUGUUUCGCUGAUCAUUCACUCCUCGGAUGCUGCGGGUUGGGUGCUGCCGAAGGGGAUGUCUGCCGAUGGCUGCGGUGAUCCCUCCGUCGUGGAGUGGAAGGACAAACUCAUCAUGAUGACUGCGUGUGAUGAUGGCCGCCGCAGGGUGUACGAGUCCGGUGACAAGGGGGAGUCGUGGACGGAGGCCCUCGGGACACUCUCGCGCGUGUGGGGCAACAAAAGGGUUGAAAAGGUUGAUAUCGUUAGGAGCGGGUUCAUCACAGCGACUGUUGGAAAUGAUAAUAAAAAAGUGAUGCUCGUCACUCUGCCGGUGUAUGCCAAGAAAGAUGAGAAAGAUAACGAGGAAAAGAGUGUACUCCAUCUUUGGCUGUCGGACAAUACGCACAUUGUUGAUAUUGGACCGGUAUCUGGGGAGGAAGAGGACGUCGCCGCCAGCUCCCUGUUGUACAAAAGUGGUGGAAAUGGAGAUACUAAUGAGCAGGAGGAGAAGUUGAUUGCACUGUACGAGAAGAAGGGUGGUGACGACGUAACACCUCACAGUUUGCUCACUGUGCCUCUGAAUAAGCAGCUGGAGAAGGUGAAGGAGGUGCUGGCGGCCUGGAAGGAAGCGGACGACACUGUCUCCAAGCUGUGUGCCACUUUAGUUGCUCGGGAGGUUACCUCACCUGAUAAUGCCUGCAGCGCUGCCAUGCCGGUGGAUGGGCUGGUUGGCUUUUUGUCUGGCAAAUUCUCUAGGAAAACGUGGAGGGACGAGUACCUCGGAGUGAACGCCACAGUACAUAAUAAUGAUGAUGGGGCAACAAAGGCCUCCGAUGGCGUGAAGUUCCAGGGAGCGUGGGCGGAGUGGCCCGUUGGCAGGCAGGGGGAGAAUCAGCUGUACCACUUUGCGAACUACAACUUCACUCUUGUGGCGACGGUGUCCAUCGACGGUGAGCCGAAGGAAGAUACCCCCAUUCCAUUGAUGGGUGUGCAUCUGGAGGGUAAAGACAAACUUAUGGAGUUGUCAUAUGACAGUGAAAAGAAGUGGCAGGUGCUUUGCAGUGACGGCAAGAUCAAGAAGCUAAAAAGUACUUGGGAGACACGGGCACAGUACCAAGUGGCCAUUGUGUUACGGAACGGCAACCAGGGCACCGCGUACGUCGAUGGUAAGCGUGUGUGUGGGGAUGUGCAACGUAGCUUGGAUAAUACGGAUUCGAAAGGGAUCUCCCACUUCUACAUUGGAGGGGAUGGAAGCAGUGCAGGGAGCAAAGAAGACGUGUCUGUUACUGUGACGAACGUCCUGCUGUACAACCGCCCGUUGACUUUUUCAGGUGGGAAUGCCGAGGUGGAAGAAGUUACCGAUUCACCAUCAGCGGAUCAGGAACCAUCAGCGGAACCUGCUUCUCCAUUUGUGGCAAGGGAUCAAAAUGCGGCGCCUUCUGCAGGUGAACUUCCUGACGUUCCAGUGGAGCAAACGACCUCGCAGCAGUCUCCACAAAAGAGUGAAACACAAAAAAAUACGAUGGUGCGGGAAUCUGCCGCUACACAAGAAACGCCGGCGAAUACAUCGGAGGGAAGUGUGGAGAAGGCGGCGGCUUCGAACUCCCAUGCCGCUGGAGAAGCAACAGGUGAUGGCAGCACUGUGAGAGGGAGCGGACUGCUGCCAUCGCUGCUUCUUCUGUUGGGACUGUGGGGGUUUGCGGCUCUGUGA